UCCACCGGACAGCAGUCGCUUUGAUUCAUCGGGUAACCUCAGCCCGGCCAGCUCCCAGCUCAGCUCUGAGGCAGAGGAGCGGCGAGAUCCAGAGACCCGCCACGCCAGCGUCCUGCGUCGCACUCUCAAAAGCCAAAAGUCAACCUGGGAUGAAGAAGAGGAGGUUGAGAAAGAACUAAAUCCGUUACCGGAGCCCGGUUCAAACAAAGAUUUGAAAGACUUUUCGAUCAUCUUGCCCAAACCAAUUUUGGACAACUGUGAUAACAAGACUCGGACCAAUAUCAGCUUCUUCGAGGACGGCCCUCCACCAUGCUCUCCAUCCACAGUUCGCUGGUUGAAAGCAUACAACAAAGUGAGAGUCCAGCUGCUUCAGUCACGGCAUACUGACGCUGAGUGGCUGGAGCUCAAUGAGCUUACGACAGGCUUAAUUAAUGAACUAUGUGAGGAUUUUGAUCGUAACACCCGCUGACAAUGUGGGAAAAUAGAUGAGGACACACUGCUCUCUUGAGAAUAUGUUCUCCAGGAAUCGCUUCAACGGGCAACAUGGAGCAGCUGUUGCCCCGAAAGGAGGCACAAAGGCGAAAGUCCAUUCGCCCAAGAAGAGGGCACCGAACCCCAGGGUAGCACUGGUCAUUCGCGGCAAAAUACAUCGCCUCUUGCAAGGGUCUGCAGAUCACCAUGUCCCGGAUUCCCACCACUAUUCUGAAGGUAUUGAAGAUGAGGAAGAGGGGGAAACAGAGGAGGAGCACAGAAGCAGAUAUUUAAAGGUCAGCUCCAGGGCUGAAGACUAUUCUCUAAAGGUGUCAAAUGGUAAAGGUCACGGAGGAGCACCGGGGCCGUCGUGUGUUGGAGAGGUCGAGCUGAACAGAGAGGGAUGCAUAAGAAUACCGUGCACUUUGCGGCAUAAAAGCUGCAGAUCUCCAGUAAAGAUUAAACGGAUUUCCUUUGAGGGGGACAUUCGGACAGCUCCUGAGCCGAUGCAACCGCCCCCACACUAUGGUCCGAUAGCCCCGGACAUGAAUGGUACUAAAUUUGCGGGAGCAGUUGGGAGUGAUUUUGCUUCACCCCGAACUCGGCCAAAGAGACCUUUUUCUACCGGCGACUGUGUGGACUACAACUUGAACAGAGCUCUGCCGGGUACGCUUGUGGAAGAGGAUGAAGACAAAGAGGAGGAGUCGAGUGCUAUCAUUGAGCACAUUCUUAAAGAGCUGAGGGGGAUCAACAAGAUACAGGAGGAAAUCUCAGACCUUCGGGACUAUCUGACCUCUGUUCGAGGGUCAGUUGAGGAAGUGUCAUCUUGUGUAGAUGCUGUAUUGUUGGAGAUUGAGGGGAUACGUUCUAGCAACAAGGAGGGUUCAGGGGUUCACGCAGGCACCUGGUCGGGGGUAGGGUGCAAAGAUGGAUCAUCCUCUCGCAGAAGGCCCGCUAGUGCUUAUGGCAGUUUAGGGAGUGCAAUGCCAAAGUCUUCAACUCUUUCCCCCCAAAUCAGCAAUCAGCGACAUACCAUCCAUGGAGAUUUACUGCUAUCAAGGGCAGAAGAGUCUACUGUCUCCCCAAUUUCUGAAUCAGUGGAUCCUCACGAACUGGAUGAACCAGAGGAUGCCUCUGACCAUAGUUCAGAUAUCCCAGUAGGUGCUAUAGCAAGAAAGCUCAGCUUUGGCGACUUCGCAAGGCCGGAUGGCCAAGAAUAUCCAAGCACCAGCUCCUUGUCUUCUUGUCACAGCGAGUCAGACCUAGAGGGACCAUCAUCGAGCCAUGGAAGGAAGCAGCAAAGAGCUGGUGAUGGAGGGGAACAUUGGACUAACACUAGACCACCACACGGUGCUUCUGGGGAAUCUGCGUGGCAUAGGGAAACUGCUUACCGCAGGGGCAGAAGUCUGGAGGAGUAUGUAAGUGAGAGCCCUCUCUGCUGUGAAGGAGCUGGUAGUUGGGAUCACUACAGAGGUGCGGGAGGUUACGGCACUUCAGGGCAGUGCUCCACAGGAAGCUCAGAGCAUCUCUCUCUUCGCACUAGGAAACAUAACAACUCACCUGCCAGCUCUUCUAGCCGGGAGGAGUGGCAGUCACGUAGAAGAAGGCCUCAAUUCCAAUCUGGGAUUAAUGUUCCAAUAGAUACCAACCUUGUAAAACCCACUGUGGCAUAUGAAUGUUCUGCUGAUUUGUCCUACCCUCAAAGUUCUGGUUACCAUUCAAUUGAUGGGCAAGAAGGAGAAGCCGAGGAAUUUGCCUAUGGGCAAUCAAAUGACCAAAACUACACUGUAGACAGCCAUGUAGAUAGUUAUCAGGAAACUUAUUUAGCCAAUGAAGAGUCUUCAGCAGUCACAUGGACUGAGGCAUCCUUACGUACCACUGAAGCCGAUAGGCCAUUCAUCAAAGAGACUGGAGCCACCAACCACAUCUUUGUAAACCAACUCCCUCGCUCUGUCAGUGCAGAUGUUCAAGCGGGUGGUUUCAAUGUCAAGCGCAUAGGCCGGGCUGUACUUGAUUUUAGCUCCGCCUUGCGGGGUGCACUGCGCAAAAUUGAAGUACCUGGAGCCCAGAAUCCUGGAGGGGAAGCAGACUUUGAAACAUCAAUGCCGUCUGAGCUGUCUACAGCUAAUUUAGCUUCAAAACCCUCAUGCUAUGAGGAACAAGCAAGUGGCCAAAUUCUGAAAGGUAAUGUGGGGGACGGUAGUAGUGCUGUUCGGGAAUUGAGCAGACACAGUACUUUAGACAAAUCCGAUCUCUUCUCUGCGGAGCCUAUGCUUAAAGAAGCCAACAACAGCCUUACAUUAGAGUCUACAGAGACCUGCCAACACCCUCCUUAUUCGGACAAGAUCGCCAUAUUUCUAGAGGAACUUUCAGUCUGCCCUGACCAAAUGUCCAGUAGCACUUCAAUCCCGCCUCCACCUUACGGCCUUACGGAACCACCUGCAGAAGGUCCCGCAAAUCGUCCUGCAGAUCAGACCAUUAAAGCCCAGCUUUCGCAAUGCACCACUGCAGAAUCCCUCACGGCUUCCCUUUCGGUCGAUGAACCUUCAGCGCUGGAGGACCAGGGAGAAACUGAGGUGCCACAGCAACCCGCCACAGACACCGUGGCCCCGGGAGGCAAAGUGGAAGGAGACGCGGCAGAGCCAACCUCGGAGAUAAGCCAGGUGGAUGAACGCAGCCUGAAGUGCCUGAGGACCUUCCAGCAGAUUCUGCGGGAGAAGAGGGAGUCCCGACGCAACCUCACCAGUAUGACCAGCUACUCUCAGGAGGACUUUGAACCAGAUGGGAGUCAAGAUGAAGAUCAGAGCCAAGAUCCAGAUGGUGACCCCGGCAAGCACCUGUGGGCCAAGCCAGGGGGGAACGCUCCGUUUGGCAUCGACAGCAUGCCAGACCUCCGCAAGAGGAGACCCAUCCCUCUUGUUAGUGAGCUGGUGAAUACGGGAACGGGUUCCCAGGACCUCUCCUCUGGGCCGUAUCCUCCCAAUCAACCAAAUACUGAAAGCCCGGCCUCGUCGUCUGACAUCAAGUAG